AUGUAUCUAGAUGACCCUAAAGCCAGGAGCGGUUGGAAAGUUAUUCAGAGAAACGUGUAUGGUAUACCAGAACUAGACCCAACUAACAACGACGUCGACAACGUCGCUGCCCAACGUUUAGAAUCUUCAAUGAAAAAUGAUGCGGAAACACUUCAAUAUACAAAUGUUAUACAAGAACCGUUUCAGAUACAAGGAGUGUCUUCAAUUGAAAUACCGAUUCAGUCAAUUACAAUUGACCUCGGUGAUCUUCCGCAAUACGAUGUUGCAGUGGGCCCGAAUAAUGACGAUGAUGUAGUUAUAGAGGAGGAGGAUUGGGAGACCGAAAGUGAUGAUAGUGACGAUAACGAAAGUUAUUAUAGUUCAGAUAAUGAAUAA